UCCGGCGAGCUUUUCGAAACUCAAAUUCUCGAAAGUAGAGUGAAGAAUAAAUCAUCUAAAGGAUCUGGAAAGUUCAGCGUUUCCUGUGGUUGGUUGGGCCCGAUCGAGUUCUGAGCUUUCGAAGCCAUUUUCAACUUCAGAUGUUGGGAGGCCAGAAAUGGACAAAGCUCGAGAUGUGAGGCGUGGAGCCAGUCGGUUCUCUCUUGCCACGCCCAAGAAUCUCUUCUCUGGGUCUGAUGGUGUUUGUGGGAACUUCGUACAUUCGGAAAGAUCGAAGAAAGAGAGGCUAAGAAGAUUGAGUGUUGUUGGUAGGACGAGCUCAAGCUACGAAGACUGCGAAAUGGGUUGCGAUCUGUCUGACAAAGGAGAUGAGCUUCGAUUACAAGCACCGUCUAUGAGUACUUGUUCUAGCAAGAGAUUUAAGAUUCCAAAAAAGUUUUUUGAUGACUGCAAUGGAGUCGAUCAUGCCUCUGUUCCUAGAAAGCUGCGUUCAGCAAUGAAGAAGCGUAAUUGUGAAUCUAUUUCUCCGGAAUCUAUUUCUCCACCUUUACCAGAUUCAAAAAAGCUGAAAGAUACAAUCAGUGGAGUCCAAGCUUCACCCAUAAAGAAUGGUGCAAAGAAAUCCAAACUCAAUGUGAAACACGGAGGCUCAGACUGGUCCCCAGAACAGACUCUCUCUGGGCCAAUAACAAAAGAUGAGGAAGAAGUAGUAGAGACCUUGUAUGCAUUGGCCGGAAUGUUCCCGAACAAUGAUGCAAAUGAGAAGAGUAAAGUUGAAAGCAAAUCCAGGGAACAAAAACCUGUGCCAGAAUCAAGGGCGAGUCUAAUGCCCAUACAAGAUUCUGCAGUUACAAAAGACAACUUGAGCUCAAUGCCCUUGAUAACAGCCAAAGUUGUUGAUCCUUCAGAUAGAUUGCCCAAAGAAACUGGAAAAAUAGUUUUUUUGGACGAACCCAGUAUUCAGGAACAACCGGAUUUGCCCGCUGGAGAGAAAAUCCGAAUGGAAUUAGAUUGUUCUGUUCCUCAACUGAAUCUAACUAGCAUGCCAUUCUUAGCUAGUAGUGACAAUGGCAGUGUAAAGCCAUUACACAAUUCUGAGCUAAGCUUGGACACAGGCGUAUUAAAUCUACCCACACAACCAGAAACCCCUCUAAUUGAGAGGAAACCAGAGACGGCGUUGGGGGCAGCAACCGCCAUAACCACUGCAAGUGAACUGGAACAACAAAAUAGGACCAAUGAGCCCAAGAAAAAUGGUUCGAUAUUGUGGCCAGGAUUGUCUUCAGUUGUCUCAUUUGGUGGUGGGAGUCGUGGUCCUUCUUUGCAGUCCUCUGAUGCUAGAAUUCCGGGUUGGCUUGAUGCUGCUAUGAUUGCCUCCAGACACAGGUCAUCUGAAAAUGGUUCUUCGAGUGGAAAGGUUUCAAAAGUGACUGUUGAAAAAAAUACAUGGAAGAGGUGUGCUGCUCAUGUUCAUAUAAGUCAUCUCAUUCAGAUCUCAAAAAUGCCAGAGAGCCAGGAGAGGUUGCUGCUGCAACUUAAUCAAUUGAGACCAGAGGAAGGAUCAAAUCUAGGAUUUCUUAUGGCAACCAAUAGAUUUGAUGGGGUGAGAAACAGUUUAAAUGGCGUAAUGUCUUCUGCCGCUCUAUGCAAUUCUACCACUGAAAGAAUUUCAAAUGAAGCUAAAACUGAUAUUCUUCAGCCCCAGCGACUUCAUCAAGAUCAGCCCCAGGCUCCUCUGGCAUCCGGGGUGUACACUCAACAGAAGCAGAGUCUCGAUUUCUUGUCCUUGUCAGCUGGAGAUGGCGAGAUAGAAGCUAAGAACCGUGCUAAUAGAGCUGGAAAUGGGUUGGAUCCUUUGUCACAAUUCCAAGUUCCUUAUCUUUAUUGUCCUGCACAACAGCAGACUCUCAUGCCUUUCACUAUGCCUCAAACUCGCUAUACCUCCUCUGCUUACCCUGAUCAGCGUUCAGUAGCACCAGCAGCAGCACAUCAGCUACAGGUAGCUCCAUAUCUUGGUAAUCCAUUUCGUGGUCCUAACCCAAGUCCUAUGGCCUGGACAAAACAACAGCAGCAGCAACAUCAACGCCUUUGGGCUGCCCAGCUAGCAGCUCAUUACAGGCCUGGCGGAACUUCAACAUCCAUGACCCAAGUUUCGAGCUGGCAACAGGGAAGACAAGACCUGCCUAUGCUGAUUCCGUUUGCCCAAACCAUUACCCCACCAUCCCCUUCAUCCCUAGAAGUACUGGGCCCCAAGUAUACUACAGUCUCUCAACAACAGCAGCACAUCAUGGCGAUUGCUACAUCAUUGCCCCCUGCCCGGGUAAAAAAACAAGACCACCUUAUCUCCUCUGUCUACGAAGAGACCGGAGGUGGGUGCCACGCCACGGGUGCACUACCAUUGCAAUUACUCUGCAAUGAGCGCCGUUGAUGUGAAAUGCAUUGGCAGCUGUUUGGUGAGACAAUGGAUGGGUAACACAUUAUUGCAUUCGUUCUUGCUGUUCAUUCUCGGGACUUUCUGUAGCAUAAUCAAGUAUUUGAAUACACAUACAAGACCAUUCAUUUCAGAAACCAAAUUAUCAGAAAAAGAAGAGCAUCGAGGUAGGCAGAGGAAAAUUGCUGCCAUGUAUAUGUUGAGGGAAAACCAAGACCUAUCAACUGCUGGAGAAUGGAGAGAUGGUAAUUGAGUUUUGUUGUAUAAUCCUUUUACGAGCAUGUCUAAUCACAUUGAUGCCUUCUACAGAGGACCGCACCAAAAAGAAUGGAUUGAGUUUCUUUCUAUUUGCCUGUACCCCCACAUAGUUGUCUUUCUUGCUUGCAUCCAUUCUUGUUUUGACCUCAUCUGCUUUACGAGGUUUAUGCUAACCGUUCAGAAUAAAGAGAGGCCAAAAAGUAAGAAGGGCCAAGGAGUUGAGAUUUUUAGACCAGAGUUUAGUCUCGAGCAACUUCAGUGGAGCUCCCAAUCACAAUAUGUUUGCUGCUGGGGAAAGAAAUGGAUGUCUUUUCUUUUGUGGGGCAAGCGAAAUGGAGACAUAAAAAAGAAUGACCUUUGGAUGUUCUUAGAUCACGAGUUUUUUCCAUUCAAGCAUGGUAGAAGUUGGAACCUUGUGAUUGUCACCGAUUAUGCACCAUCCAGUGUAAUUUUAUAGAUGUAAUUUCGGCAGCAAACUAAUGCAUUGAGGACCGAGAACUAGAAGUGUUGAUUCAACACACUUUUGUGUUGAAAGGGUUCCUUCAUAUUAAAUGCAUUAUGAUAUUUCAACGUCAUUGAAGUUUA